CCUCUCGAUCUCUACAAAUACAUACUAAUCACCCUCCAUAAUAAUCAGUACUUAGUCGAUCGAUCCCCAUUUACAUAGCCUGUUGGAGUUUGAACUGUUGUCUUAUACCGGAAAUACGAGAAACAAAAAAGAAAAAUGGCUCCACAAAGACAAUUAUUCUCGUUCUGUAUUUUUAGUGUCCUCUCCUUUAGUACUAUAACUUCAGGCUAUGGUGGUACUUUGCCAGAUAACAAACCAAGCACUCAGCGCUUCGCUCCUACGUACUCAUAUAAAUUGGGUAAAUCGGUUCCCCAGGAGGCCGGUCCUGAAAGGUUCUCCCUUCAAACAUUGGGUAGCACACUGCAAUCAAAGCGGAUGGUGACUAAUCCUUUUCAUCCCAUUCACAAUGUGAGUGGCGCACGACCAUCAACUCCGGCUCCGAUUAGCGUUGAUAAGUUUGGAGCUAAAGGGAUUGAUCAUACAGAUGACACAGAGGCAUUUCAGAAGGCGUGGCUGGAAGCUUGUUCCUCCAACGGAGCGGUGGUUCUUCUGGUGCCGCCCCACAGGAGCUAUUUCGUUAAGCAAUUCACAUUCUCAGGCGCGCAAUGCAAAUCCCAUAUUACAAUGCAGAUCCAAGGAACGAUAAUGGCAUUUGAGGAUCCGAAAACCUACCAUUUUCCAAAUAAAAGUAAGCAGCAGUACUGGCUUACCUUUGAGAGGGUUCAGAACUUGGUGGUUGAAGGUCCUGGAACCAUCAAUGGCAACGGAGAAAAAUGGUGGCAAAGCUCAUGCAAACAAAACAAUAUAACUCGCACGCUGGUGCCCAAUUGCAAUAACGACGCACCAACUGCUGUAACCUUCAAGAAGUGCAAUAACUUGACGGUGCAUAAUCUGAAUUUUGAAAAGGCACAGCAGAAGCAUGUUUCGUUUGAAAAUUGCACGGAUGUUAAAGCUUCCCGUCUUAGAAUAAAUACAUCAGAGGCUAGUCCCAACACUGAUGGAAUUCACGUUACAGAAACCAAGAACAUCGACAUUUCAAUGAGUCGUAUAAGCACAGGUGAUGAUUGUAUAUCCAUUAUGGGAGGAUCCCAGAAUGUUUACGUCGCAAACAUAGCUUGCGGACCAGGCCAUGGAAUCAGCAUUGGUAGCUUGGGAAGAGGUGGCUCAGAAGACCAUGUUUCCGACGUAACAGUCUUUGGAUCUAGGCUAACUGGAACCAUGUAUGGAGUGAGGAUCAAGACAUGGCCGGGAGGGUCAGGGUAUGCAACCAACAUCACAUUUCAGAUGAUACAGAUGGAUAAUGUGACCAACCCCAUAAUCAUCGACCAAAACUACUGCGACACUGCAACCAAAGUCAUCAACGGAGAAUGCAAACCACCACCACUGCAGAAAAAUAUUACAGCAGUUAAAGUGCAUAAUGUAAUGUACCAGAGCAUAAAUGGGACAGUUUCUAAGGACGGCCAAGCCAUAGUAUUUAAUUGCAGCAGUGUUCCUGGUGCAUGUGAGAAGAUUGUGCUGGACGAUGUUAUACUUGAGAAAGGAGGAGCUGCUGUAUGCAGCAAUGUCAAACCGACUUACAGCAGAGUAGAUUUGCCCCUCAAUCGAUGCCCUAACUAAUAAUAAAAAGUUGGAGCUGUAGUAUCAGUUUGUCUACUUAUUUACUUAAUUGUUGACCGGGUUUAGAAUCCGUACCUUAAACACACCCUGGAAUCUGAUUGAUGUACCAAUAAUGCAUUGGACUGAAUAAAUUAAGUUUCUAAAUCUAAUGUAUAAAGCAAACUCCACCUUAGAAU